AGAUUUCCUAGCCUCGCUCCUCUUUGCAAACCUGUCUCUCUCUCUCUCUUUCCCGAAGGUGAGAAAAAGAAAUAUCUGUCAUCCACCGCGCACUUUUUUUCUUUUCUCGCUCUUGUUUCACCUUGAAAGACGUUCGCUCUUUUCGAUCAAUCUUGACACGUUGAAGAAUAAAAGAAGAAGAAAAGGAAAAGGAAAAGGAAAAGAAAAAAGCACACUUUGAUACGCAUUUUGCAACAGCUUGCAUUGCGUCUAUUUCGUUUCUGUGUUUUUUGUUUUUCCCGUUUCGCCACUCUUCCCCUCCUCCUCCUUCUCCCUCUUCCGGCGGGUUUGUCCCGUACAUCGUCCGUUGUGCGCUGCUGUUCUGCUCUCCCCCCUCAUCUUCUCUUUACCGCACUCGAAGAAACUGCUGUGUUUACACAAGCACACACAUACAUAUACACGUGCACGUACUGCCUCCCCCACUCAUUGUUGCCGCGUACAUCGGUGUUUCUUUUUCUCCCUCUCGUGCCACCUCUUUUGUUCGUGCCAUUACCACGCUGACACGUUCGACUGCUAUCGUGUGUGUGUGUGUGUGUGUGUGCGCGCGCACGUAGAAGACCUGCAUCGCCAAAUACACUGUCUGCCUUUCGGAGAGCGAGAGAGCGAGAGCAACACCACGGUAACCACCAUUACGGGUAUUUUGUUUCUUCUUUUUCUCCUUUUUCCCCGGGGAUCUCGUAAAACUAUUUUUAAAAAAGUUAUUAUUGUUCAAUUAUCUUUGUGUUUUUCUUUUUUCUCUGUUCUAUUAAACAUUUUGCUAUCGGGGAGGAAGUGAUCUGUUUUCCUUUGCUUUUCGUUUCUUUCUCGUCUUGCGUUUUCUCCGACACCAACAUGCACUUCUCUUUGCAUCUCUGUCACAGCUGAUUUCUACGUACUCCACCCUUCUCCGCUAACCUAUUGUCGUCUUUUCUUUUGGUUUUUGUUUUGUCCUCUGUCUUUUCUACCCGCGCUCAAGUUAGAGUUGUCGUUCUUUCAUAUUGAGCUGUCUCGCUCGCUCUCUCUUUCUAUAAGCAUUAUUAUUGUUAGCAGGAGAACGGCACUUACUGAACGUUUCUUUGCGUUCUUUUUGUUUGUUUGUUUUUCUCCUGUUCUGGUUCUUUUUCCAUUUUCUGUCGGUUCUCUUUUUCCUUUUACACGCCUACACACAUACACAUACACGCACGCACACGCACGGACACCUACACAGAGUCAACUAAGGGAAUAAAGGGAAAAAACUUUGGCUGUGUGAAGCGUUGAAGAAGAAAGGUUGUUUCUGAUUCGUGGCGUCUUAACUCAGAAGGAAAAGGGAAAAGAAAGAAGAAGAAAAAGGACCUUUGCUACCGUGUAGGAGUUGAGAAGCGCGCACGAAAGACCCCCGUCUGUUCUCCGUCUCUCUUUCUCUUUUCUUUUUCACUGUCUGCUGUGUUUAUCUCGCCGCGAGAAGAGAAGCGGCAAAUCGGGAUUAACAACGGUGUAGCUCAUUGAAGCAGAAAGCUGUCACCGAGUGAGGUGAGUCCAACCUCACGAACACCGAGGAGCAUCAUCAUUUUUCCUUUUUUUUCUUAGUGCCAUCCAGAGGGAAAAAGAGGUGUGGGAAGAGAGCAAUUGAAACGGCUGCUUGGCAAAAGGGGUACUUUUGAACUGUGAAAACGGUGUUAUUUAUGAAGAGCUCACACGCCUGAUCUUUUUCUUUCUCUUCUUUACAUAUAUAUCUAUGUCUGUGCUAGUGAGCACUGCCGCCGCCGUCGCCACCAUCUUCAACGCGAAUAACCCUGCUAACGUCGUUAUCCAUUCACCUUCGCCAACGGUUACACCGAAUCUUUUCUCAAAAGGUACUGGUGACAUGAGCGCCGACGGUGCUGCGUCCGCGGAGGCGAUGGCGGCCCCGCAGUCGCCGCUCAUGAUGCAGAGUGAAAGCGAGAACGAUUCUCGUGUGCUCAAUGUGCCGCGCACCGCUGCGAUGGCCGGCAGCACCACGGAGGUGACCGCCACCACAACGAACACGGCGUCACGUCGAGGGCCAAACCUCGUCUACUGGCUCCGCGGUCUGCCGUUCCAGGCGCAGCGCUCCGACGUGGAGGCGUUCCUGGCAGGCAUUGACUACAGCAAGCUGGACAUUGGUGUGCUGGAGAACGGGGAGUGCAGCGGGAAUGCCUUUGUCGAGCUGAAAGGGUCGAGGCACCAGACGGAGCUGGAGGCGCUCCACAACGCGUUUAUUCCGAUCAGUGCCCACACCGCGUUGGCGGCCGAGGUGCGGCCGAAGCCGCGAUUCGUGGAGGUCAUGCCGUCAAACCCGGCGAAACGGCUGGAGCAACUCGAGCACGACCGCUGCCUCCCCCGCGACGCGACGCGGCGGCAGCGCCGUCUGCAGAACGGGUUUGACAACGUCGACGUCGAUCACUUCAACCCGCACUUCGCCGCAUCGUUCCCGAAUGGCUCAUUUUUCAACGCCUCCGUUCCGAACGCGUCCUUCGCGAAUGGGUCGUUCCCAACUUUCCUCGGCCUGAGCAACAACUCGUCGUCGCAGUUUUCAAACAUGUCGCUCUCGGGCAAUGUGCCAUUGCCGAUGCAGCAGCCGCAGCCGCACCAACAGCAGACGUGUUACAUCCCAUGCGGUGUGCCGGUGGGGUCGUCAUCGGUGCCGACGCAGUUUGUGCCGACCUUCUCGAACUACGCGCCCCCCGCAAACCUGCCGACGAUGGUCUCCUUUGCGCCGCAGGUGAUGGGAGACGUGACGACCGGCGCGGCGGCCCCGCAGCAGACGUACGCGCUGUCGUACGACUAUGUCGGCGCGAUGCAGCCGUCUCCGUACUUUGGGCAGCACAUGGCCUUCGCGCAGCCACCACCGCCACCGCCGCCGCCGCCGUCGCAGCAGCAGGCGACCGUGAUGUUUGCCGGCCCAUACGGAGCAACAUCUUUUGCCUUACCUCCCGCAUACAACUGA